GGAGGAGGAGGAGGAGGAGGAGGCGACCGCCAGCCAUCAGAGAGACAGACGUGCGCGCUUGGAAGGAAAAAACGACGAAACGAAGAAAAAAAGGCAUCGCGGAGGAUCGCUGCUGCAGCAGCAGUCGUCAGUCAGUCAGUCGAUCGCGCGCGAGAUCUGCGGCGCAUGAUGCGCGCAUCGGGCCCGGAAAACUCGCGGACCCAGAACAGUCGAUACCUGUACUAUUACAUAUAGCUGCCGCCGCCGCCGCCGCCGCCGCCGCCGCUGUUGAGUAAGAGCUGGCCAUACAGCAACGGCCGUGAGACUCGAGAGAGACACAGGAGGGAAAGUGUGCGUGUGUAAUACUCGAGAACGCGAGCCGAGAGCUCGGUUGCAGCCGCAGGAUGACGCGCAAGCUGAGCAAGUUCCUCAUCCUCUUCGAGAACACGAACCUGCUCUACUUCCCCGGGCACUUUCUGUCCGGCCGAGUCCUCAUCGAGCUCGACGACGAGGCUUACGUGUCUGGUCUGCACUUCCAUGUGAUAGGCGAGGGAGUGGUGCGGGUGCGCAGUCAGCGAGCCGAGCGGGUCUACGACAAGGAGAACUACAUAGACUUCAGGAUGCGGCUCCUCGGCGAACCAGGAGACGGUCCGUCGUUGCUGUCGCCCGGAAUCCACAGCUUCCCGUUCAAGCUCGGUCUGCCCCUGGGAUUGCCCUCGACGUUUCUCGGCAAACACGGAUGGGUGCAGUAUUAUUGCAAGGCGGCCCUCAGGGAACCGGGAGGUCUCGUCCACAAGAAUCAGCAGGUCUUCAUCGUCAUGAACCCCAUUGACUUGAAUCUCGAGCCUCCCAUUCUGGCGCAACCAGCGCGACUGGAGGUCGAGCAGCACGUCGGCGUGUCUUGCGUAUCCGGCGGUCCGGUCUUCUGCCGGGUGAGUCUGGACCGUGGCGGCUACGUCCCCGGCGAGAGCAUCGGUAUCUCGGCGACGGUGAGCAACCGCAGCAAGGUCACGAUGAAGUCCACCAAAGCCUCGCUCACCGAGACGAUACAGUACCUCUGCCGGGGCAAGGUCCUGGCCAGCGAGACUAGGGAACUCGCCAGCGUUUCCAGAGGCAAGAUCAGACCCGGCGAGGGCGAGGAGUGGCUCAACGAGCAGAUGUACGUGCCGCCUUUGCCGCCCACGAAUUUGAGGGGAUGCCACCUCAUCAACGUGCUCUAUCACGUCUAUUUCGUCAUAACUCCGAAGAGCUUGGACAAGGAGAUCAAGCUUCAAAUUCCGAUCGUGCUGGCAACGUAUCCGCUGAGGCAGGAAGGAGCGCCAGCAGGCACGGCGCCUUCGAAGCGCGGCGCCCAUUAUCCAUCGACGCUACCGAUCUUCCGGCCUUGGCUCGACGACAAAACUUUCGACGUCGAGGACUGAUAUCCUCGCCUCUUUUCUCCUCUAUACAUACAUGUAUCGAAGAAUGAGCGCGAUAGAGCUGAAUCAUAGCUUAAAAAUAAAAACCUGUGGCAACGACACACGAAGCUCUACAUUCGAAAAGUCAAGAGCAAGUGCACUCUGAGAAUUACUUGGAUUAGUCGACUAAGUGUAUUCUGUUUCGUUCAUUAUUAUUAUUUUUUUUAAGUUAUUGUAAUCUUUUUAUGUUGUACUACAUCUUAUUAUAAAAAAUAUGUUCAUGGUACAAUAUCGAAGAUGUUACAACUCGAACAUAUGUGUAUUUUAAUAAUAAUCUAAGAAAGCUAAAUUAUUUUACAAACUGUCCUGCUUGAUUAAAAGUUAAUCUGUAAUAUCUUUUUAAUGCAAACUGUUAUGGCUAGAAGUUUAUUCGGUCAAAACUAAUAUUAUACCUUCUUACUUGGUUGAUCUGUAGCUGAGUUAUUUAUCCGAGUGUGUAUAUAUAUAUAUAUAUAUUUAUAAAUGUAAGCAUAUAUUAUGAUAAAACGAAUAUCUUUUUUACUAAGAAGCGUAAAAAUCGUUACGUUGAAAAAAAGAUGAGAUUUUUAUUUACAAAGUUGUAUAUAAGGAUCAUCGUUACUUACAACGACAAUGCCAUAACGACUAUAACGAGUAACGGCUUAUGGACACGCGAAUGCGAAAAUAUAAAAGAAUAAUAAAUAUUUUAAAGUAAAAACUGUAGAGAUCUGAAAAUGUUCUCUUCGAGAACACUACAUCAGAAAUUGAAGUAAUUUUAUUGUGAUAUAAUAAAACGCGUAUUUAAAAUCUU